CUAUAAAAUGUAGCGCUUAGUAAUAUGGCAACUUCAUUAUAUUGCUCAUCAUUCUCUCAAUGCAGUGCAAACUUGCUACUGUUCUCUUCUCCUGAAAUAAAGAGCAAACGAAGAUGGAGUUUGACUUGAAACCAAAGUUUGCCCAAAAGUUAUUCGAGGGAGAUGGUGGCUCAUACUAUAGUUGGUCAAGUUCUGAAUCCCCUUUACUUCGUGAGACCAAGGUCGGUGCUGGCAAGCUUGUUCUGCAGCCACGCGGCUUUGCUCUUCCCCACUAUGCCGAUUCUUCCAAAAUUGGUUAUGUUCUUCAAGGUAGUGAUGGAGUAGUUGGAAUGGUGUUACCUAACACAGCAGAGGAGGUGGUAUUGAAACUUAAGAAAGGAGAUGUUGUACCAGUAGUACUGGGAUCAGUGUCAUGGUGGUUCAAUGAUGGAGAUUCUGAACUGGUUAUAGUAUUCUUGGGUGAAACCUCCAAGUCUUACAUUCCCGGAGAAUUCACCUACUUCAUUUUAGGUGGGGCUCAAAGUAUCAUGGGAGGUUUCUCACCUGACUUCAUUAGCAGAGCUUAUAAUGUGAACAAAGAUGAUGCAAAUAAGCUUGCAAAAAGCCAAACUGGGUUCCUAAUAAUUAAGCUUCAAGAUGGAAAAAGAUUGGCUAAGCCCAACAAAGACAAUACCAACAAAUUGGUGUACAACAUCAAUGUUGCAGUGCCUGAUAUUGAUGUCAAGCAUGGUGGACUAGUCACUUCAUUGACUGAGGCCAAGUUUCCUUUCCUUGGACAAGUUGAGCUGAUUGCCAAACUUGUUAAACUUGAUGCUAAAGCCAUGUCUUCACCAAUUUAUACUACUGAUUCUUCAGUUCAACUAAUUUACGUAGUGAAAGGAACUUGUCAGGUUCAAAUUGUGGGCAUUAAUGGUAAGCAAGUCUUGGACACGGAAUUAAAGCCUGGUCACUUGCUUGUGGUGCCAAAAUUUUUUGUUGAUGCCAAAGUUGCAGGCGGUGAUGGACUGGAGUAUUUCUCUAUGAUAACAACUAGCAAGCCUGCCUUUGAAGAUUUAGCUAGCAAGGAAUCAGCUUGGGGAGCAUUAUCUCUUGGGGUGGUAGAAGCUUCCCUCAAUGUUUCCGCAGAGUUUGGGGAACUUUUCAAGUCAAAUAUUGGAAAGAACAAAAUCCUCAUCCCUCCAGAGGAUUAAUCAGCUUGCAAAUCAAAUAUAAUGCUGUGUGGUUAAUUAUAUAAAAUAAAAUAUGUUUUUAUGUAAAAUUGUAACUUCUAAGGAAUAAACUAUAUUCUCUACUUUCGAAGAAGCAGAUGUAUACUCUUUUUGGUGGUGUAAGAAGCAACUAUAUAAGUACUUAUACUUGAGGAGUUGUAGUUGCAUACUUAUAUGUCACAACUUCGUGAAUUGUAAAACUUUGAAUUG